CCACCUCGCUUCUCUCUCUGACAUCUUCUGUUAGGCAUUUAAGAUGCUCAUUUUACACCGCAGACCCCGUUGCUUCUAGGUGCUUUAGUCCCGCCUCGAACCCACACACAUUCACAAGUUCCCGCAAUACCAAUGGAAACCCUCUUGGCGUGUUUUGCAAUUCCUCCAACAACAGAAUCUCACUCCACGAGAUUCUUUCCCCUAAACCUGCUCGUCGGUAGGAAGCAGCAUGCAUUCGGAGCGAAAACAUUGUCUGCGCCUGAUUCAGCCGUCCAAAGUUCUGUGCUGGACCUUAACGAGGCUGUUAAACCUGUCUACUCCCCCACCCCUCCUAAUCGCCCUCUUCGAACUCCUCACAGUGGAUACCAUUUUGAUGGGACCCGUAGACAAUUUUUCGAGGGAUGGUUUUUUAAAGUUGCCAUUCCAGAAUGUAGGCAGAGUUUCUGCUUUAUGUACUCUCUUGAAAACCCUGCAUUCACCAAGCCAUUGAGUGUACUUGAGGAGCUACAAUAUGGGCAUCGUUUUACAGGAAUUGGGGCCCAAAUUCUUGGGGCCGAUGACAAGUAUAUUUGCCAGUAUACUCCAGGCUCUACAAACUUUUGGGCUGAUAGGCAUGAAUUGGUUCUUGGAAACACUUUUGUUGCCCAAGCAGCUUCUAAGCCCCCAAAUAAGGAGGUUUCUCCUCAGGAGUUCAAUUGCCGUGUUUUGGAGGGGUUUCAAGUGAGUCCGCUCUGGCAUCAGGGAUCCAUUCGUGAUGAUGGAAGGACCGAUUAUGUAGAAACCGUGAAGACUGCGCGUUGGGAGUACAGCACCCGCCCCAUUUAUGGAUGGGGAAACUUGGGGUCAAAGCAAAAAUCCACGGCAGGUUGGCUUGCUGCAUUCCCUGUGUUUGAACCUCAUUGGCAAAUAUGCAUGGCCGCCGGACGUUCAACAGGUUGGAUAGAGUGGGAUGGUCAGAGGUAUGAGUUCCAAAAUGCCCCAUCUUAUUCUGAGAAGAAUUGGGGAGAUGGCUUCCCUAAAAAGUGGUUUUGGGCCCAAUGCAAUGCUUUUGAAGGCACUGAUGGUGAAGUCAGUUUGACUCUCGGUGGUGGAUUAAGAAAAAUUCCAGGACCCGGAUCAAGUUCCACUUAUGAAAAUGCUGCACUGAUAGCGGUUCAUUAUGGUGGUGUUUUCUAUGAAUUUGUGCCAUGGAAUGGGUCUGUAACUUGGGAAAUAUCUCCCUGGGGUCACUGGUAUUUAACCGCAGAGAAUGAGACACAUAUGGUGGAAGUGGAAGCAAGAACAAGUGACCCAGGCACACCUUUGCGUGCCCCUACUCUAGAGAUGGGUCUCGCGCCUGUUUGUCGGGAUUCUUGUUUUGCGGACCUAAGAUUGCAGUUAUCUGAACGCCGAUAUGAUGGAACCAAAGGACAGGGCAUCUUGGACAUCACAAGUAGAAUGGCAGGUGUAGAAGUAGGGGGAGGGCCAUGGUUCAGCACAUGGAAAGGAAAGACCAAUCCACCAGAAAUUCUGAAGCGAGCCCUUAACACCCCGGUCGACAUUGAAGGCAUCUUUGGCCUGGUCCCUCUACUCAAACCUCCGGGCUUGUAGUUAAAUCUACACUAUUUUGGUUCUGAUCGUGAGGGGAACAUGUGUCCUAAAAGUUCGAUCAUGAUUCGCAAGACCCAAACACCAUUGCCAGCACAUGCAAUACUUGUUUGCGUGGGAGGAUGAUUGUAACUUGUUUUUUGUAUAUUCUUGAAUCUUUUGCAAUGUUACUAUCAUUGUGUUUAUGAUCUCGAAAUUUCCUUAGAAUGGUUUGAUUUGCUUUUCAACCGCAUGGUUAAGAAUAAAUCUCAUUAACAGUUAACACUUUUCUUAGGGCAUAACUUAUUGUGUUCAAUUUAAUUAGAUUUAUCUUUGUUUAAUUAGGAUUUAAU